AAGAUAACUUUCUCCGCUGUUCGAGGCGGGACUUCGAUGUGUUCAUCUGUUUGGUUCAGCCCACCCACCGGAGCAAGGAAGGCCGUGAGUGCGUGAGACAGGAGUGGGAGAGUGUGUGCUGUGAGUGAGACAGGAGUGGGAGAGUGUGAGCUGUGAGUGAGUGUGAGCUGUGAGUGAGACAGGAGUGGGAGGCUGUGAGUGAGUGAGUGUGAGCUGUGAGUGAGACAGGAGUGGGAGAGUGUGAGCUGUGAGUGAGACAGGAGUGGGAGAGUGUGAGCUCUGAGUGAGUGUGAGCUCUGAGUGAGACAGGAGUGGGAGGCUGUGAGUGAGUGAGUGUGAGCUGUGAGUGAGACAGGAGUCUGAACUGUGAGUGUGAGACAGGAGUGAGAGAGUGUGUGCAGUGAGUGAGAGAGGAAUGAGUUAGUGUGAGCUGUGAGUGUGAGACAGGAGUGUGUGAGUGAGAGGAGUGAGUGAGUGUGAGUUGUGAGUGUGAGACAGAAGUCAGUGAGAGAGAGGAGUAUGUGAGUGAGAGGAGUGAGUGUGAGCUGUGAGAGGGGAGUGAGCUGUGAGAGAGGACUGAGUGAGACAGGAGUGAGUGAGUGAGUGUGAGCUGUGAAUGAGAGGAGUGAGUGGAAGAGGAGUGUGGGGGGUGAGUGAGUGUGAGCUGUGACUGCAGAGAGUGAGGUGUGAGUGUGGUGUUUGCUCAGAGUUUGAGGGAGAGAGCAGGCCCUCUGACAGACUGUGACAACUGGCUGCAGCUGCUUGCUUCUGGGACACUUUGUUGGAGCGGGCACCAAGGAUGGCCACCCUGUUGCUGUAAACGAAGCUGCCUGCUGGAGGUGCCGCAUUUAUUUACGUCUUAGGGUCUUGGAGAACUUUGGACCCAGAGCACCUCAUUUGGUGCAGGUACAAUGGCAAAACAUGUUGCAAUAAUUAACACCAAUGGAGAUUUGAAAGGAUACACAGACCGGAACCUUUUCCCAGUGAAAGAUAGCAUAUCCAUGGUUGCAGCAUCAGUUUCCAACAUUGUUUCUCAAACCAAGAUCUUACCUAAAACCUUAGGCCUAGCAAACGUGAAUGUUGCACCCCAAAUGAUCAUAAGCACACCACAGCGAUUGAGCAACUCUGGGAGUGUUCUGAUCAGAAGCCCGUACACCCCCACACCAGCCAUGGUUACCCAGAGCCACAUAACAGACCCAUCUGGCUGGGUCACAGGGAGCAGAAAACGUACCCAUGAAUUUAUUGAAUCUGAUUUUUCAGACAACAAAAGAAGCAAAAAGGGAGAAAAGAAUGGAAAGGGAUUACGACACUUUUCAAUGAAGGUGUGUGAGAAGGUGCAGCGGAAGGGAACUACCUCAUAUAAUGAAGUGGCCGAUGAGCUCGUGGCCGAGUUCAGUAAUUCCAGUACUCACAUGUCUUCAGAUUCUCAGGCAUACGAUCAAAAGAACAUUCGACGUCGUGUUUACGAUGCACUUAACGUGCUGAUGGCUAUGAACAUAAUUUCUAAAGAGAAGAAAGAAAUCCGAUGGAUUGGUCUUCCCACAAACUCUGCUCAGGAAUUUCAGAAUCUUGAGGUGGAGAAACAGAGGCGAAUAGAACGAAUUAAACAAAAGAGGGCUCAACUUGAAGAAUUGAUACUGCAGCAAAUAGCAUUCAAAAAUCUAGUACAGAGGAAUUGGCAAUCAGAGCAGCAGACACAGAGUCCUCCUGCACCAAACUCGACAAUUCAGUUGCCUUUCAUCAUAGUCAACACCAGCAAACGGACUGUUAUAGAUUGCAGCAUCUCCAGUGAUAAGUUUGAAUAUCUGUUCAACUUUGACAACACAUUUGAGAUUCACGAUGAUAUUGAAGUUCUAAAACGUAUGGGAAUGUCCUUUGGCUUGGAGUCUGGUAAAUGUACACCAGAAGAUCUGAAAACUGCCAACUCAUUGGUGCCAAAGGUUUUGCAGCCCUACGUUGCAGAAAUGGCUGAUGGAUCAUCCUGGGCAAACAAGGAAGUUCCUGCAGAUCUAAUACAAACUGCCUCAGCUUUAUCAACAUCUGCCUCAAUUUCUCAGUCCAGUAUGACCCCUGGAUUAUCACUUGAUGUAGAAGUUGCCUUAGCAACUGGACACCUCCUCGCUCCAGAAAGUCGCCACUCGAGCAGCAUUGCAUCGCACUAUGAAUCACGAGGUGAAACACCGUGCUCGUUUAAUGAUGAUGAUGAGGAUGAUGACGAUGAUGAAGAUGACUGUUCUUCACUUGUUGAAGGAGACUAAAGAGUGUGCUGGCAUACUUCUCAAGCUGCUCACAUGCUUUUUAUUAAGCUGUACUGUACUAUGUUUCACCAUCUACUGUUGUCAUCCUUGUGACUGACCCUUGUAGACUGAAAGCCAAGGGGGAGAGAAAUGAACAGCAAUUCUGUGUGAAUGUGCAGAAUCCUAUGAUGCAGCUUUUAGUCUGUUGUGAUACAUUAUCAGAUUCAGUUAAAAAAUGAUCCAAAGCUGAUCAACCAGUACAGUUUUAAUAGCUGCUAUUUUAUUUUUCUUCUGGUUUGUUUUACUGCUUUGACUCUCUCCCUUUACUCCAGUCCUUCGGAAACUGGUGAGGGUACACACCCUGGUUAAUGCAGCACGGUUUAAGUGUAUCUUGCUUGUAUGAUUGAGUUUUGGACUUAGGGUAUGUUUUGGUUAUUUUACAAUUUAUGCAUGGUUGGGAUAGAUGCAUGUUUGGAGACUGUGGCAGUUUUGAGUUCCUGACUUGGAAGUGUCUAGAGCAAAUCGCAUGUACUUCCGAUCUAAAAUCAUGGGCUCACCCACUUUUGAAGCAAGGGAGUUCCAAAGAAAUACCAAACCCUGAUGUUGCUGGAAGCUAAUAUAUAACGUUUAUUUAGGCGAAGAUGAGUACAAAUAUGUUUGUAGUCUUAAAUUCACUUGUGAAUGAUUUUCUUUUGUAUAAUGUGCAACAAAUCAAAUGUAACAUUCCUCAACAUUGACCUCCCUUCAGAGACUAGGGAUAAUGAGUCUGCUGAUCAAGCUAGUUAUUUCAUACAAAAAAAACUGAUCAGCGACUUAUUGAAGGUCUUCUGCUCCUCCAGUGGCACGGUGAACCUAUCCGUGGUCUGUUUUAUCCACACAGAUUAAGAUGGUGCCCUAGGUUGAUACCCAGACAUAGCUAACCUUCAGGUGGCUGUACUUUGCCUAGUCGGGUGUAUGUGGUUGGGGAUCACUUGGGGGCAGUAUCAGCUGGAAGCCAUGCACUGUGUCGUCCGAUAGUCCACCAAUAUUCAAAUGUUAAAGAUUGCCUGUGAAUAGUGAUCACCUGGGCAAAGUACGACAGCAUGACUUAGGGCCCCCAGGCGUGUGGCCAGGUAAGGAGAUACCCAUUUCAAGAGAGGAGGGGAAAGGAGAAAAUUAUAUUUUUUAAAAAACCCUUCUGAUUUUGAACUUUUGUACAUUUGACUUUUUUAAACAAUAUUUUGUCAAACACUAUUAUCUAUCUCUUUCCAUCAUAUUUCCAGGUAUCAUAUUUUUUAUACUAUUCUUCAUCAGCGCCUAAACCCCUUCUUUUAUAAUGAGGUACAUAUCAGAUAAAAAUGUAAGCUAUGUCUAGAGCAACAGUCAGAAUACUCACUAAAAUUCAAUAACUUAUGACCAUGUUCUCAUUCACCAAACUCUCCUUUCAAAGCCCGUCUGUCUCCGGAUGUAAACCUUUCUGAACACAUCGGGGUGAAUUGGUCGGGGAGGGGCCAGAAUGUAAAGCAGGCACUGAUGAUAAUCAACAACCUACCUUACAUUCCACCCAGCUUUCUCUUCUAUUAACGACACUUCGGCCAGAAUGUAUGACAAGCUCUCUGUUUGUUCUUGACUGUUUAACACUUCUGCCCAAGACCAAUUUCACUCUGUGUUUUUGUAAAUAAUUUGCCAUGUCAUUAAUUUUUCAUUCAAGUUUUAUAUCCACUUUGUAGAAAUAUGUUCACUGUACAUAUAUAUAAAACAUUCUUCUGUUGUGCUGUAAGCAGGAUGUUAAGGUAUACCUUUUGGUAUGGUUUAAAAUAAGGGUAUCAUUGUUGAAUGUGCUGAUGAUCAUACCUGCAUGGCCUUCGGUGAUGGUGCAGCUACCUGCUUCCUGUGUUUUCAGGGAAGAAUAUUUCAACAAUGAACUAAAAAAAAAUUUGUAUUGUAGAAAAUGGAAUAAAAUAAUUUAAAGACAA